AUGCCUGCUCGUGCCGUCUUGCGGGCCUGGUGCCGACGACAAGAAGGAGACUUGGACCUCGGGAUGCGCGCAGCCAGUGAGGAAUACUGA